UUAACGGAAUGAAUAAAGAAAAUGUUUGCCAAGCCUUUAGGACAGUUAAAGUUAGUAAUCGUGAACUAGAAACCUUGGUUAAUUCAAGGGUGAAUUAGUUGUAGAGAUAACUCUAAGAAAAAGAGUAAGAAAUAGCUUAAUUACAACAAUGUAAUCCACCUGCCCAUUCUCGAUUAAUGGAAAUCAAGGUGGAUGCCAUUUAAACAGAGAAUCAUCAAUUGAGAAAUUAGGUUAAUCACUAUGAAUCUAUGAUUAAAACUCUGCAAAAUAAAUGCAAUUCUUAUUAAAAUCAAUUAGAAACCAUAUCCAAUCUACUCCAAGAAACUCAAAAUACCUUGGAAUUCGAAAGAUAAGCCAAACAAGCCUUAGAACUCCAAUAAUCCAAUAUCUAACUUGAUGCAGAAUCAGAAAAAUCUGCCAUCAAAACAUAAAUUGAUUUAUUAAGAAAGGAGAAAUAUCAAUAUUAAUCUUAAUUUUAAGAACUUGAGUUACAGCUGAAAUAAUAAUAAUUAUCCAAUAUGGAACUUACCUAAGAAUUAAACACCCUUAGUCAUUCAUUUUCAUAAUUAUAACUAUCAUAUUCAAAAAUAGAAGAAAAGGCAUAUGAAUUGGAAUCCAAGAAUGAAAUCUUAGUUUCUUAAUUGGAUGUAUAUAAGACCUAGAACGAAUAAAUGAAAUCACAGUUGCAAUAAUCAAACCCUAAGAAUGUAGAGAGGCAAUUAUAAUAGAAUGAUAGAAUCUAAGAGCUUGAAGGCAAGUUGAGGUUAUCUUAUGAAAAUACUUCAUAAUUUUAAUAGUUGUUGAAUGAAAAAUAAGAACUUAUUAAGAAAUUAGAAAAAUAAUUAUAAAGAUAAUAAAAUUGGAAUGAGAAUAAUAACAUCUUAUAGGAUUAAUUAGAGAAAUCUUAAUUUGCUCUGGAAGAAAUGUAGUUUGAAAAUUAGAAAAUAGCCAAAUAUCAACAACAAUAGAUAGAAUAGCUAAAGAGACAAUUAGAGAUGCAAAGCAAUAAUAAUGAAGAGUUGAUUGAAACAAAAUAAUAAUUAUAAAAAAUAAAAUCUGAAUUUGAAAAUUAUAAAUCUCUUCAUGAAAGCAAAAUAAAUGAUGUAAAUUUAUUAUUUAUUAACAAUAGUUUAACUCAAAGUCAUUGAUGGAUUAAUAGAAUUAAUGGAAUUUAGAAAAAUCCAAAUUGGUGAGUCAAAUAUAACAUUUAUCAAGUUAAGUCGAAGUUUAAUAAAAUUAAACUUAUGAUUAAUUAAGAAUACAAAUUGAGAGUUAAAUGGCAUUGAAAUACGCAGCUGAAAAAGUAUAAUUAGAAAAUCAAUUAUGGGCUGUCUAAGAAUAAUUGGAUGGCAUAUAAAAUUCUAUUGAAUUAUAUGUUACUAAAAUCAGUUAAUUAAAUAUUGAAAAUGAUUAAUUAAGAGAAUAAUUAAUUGAAAAUUAGAAUAAUUCAAAGCAAAUAUUGAUUUUAGAAUAGUAAAUUCGUAACUUUUGUGUGGAGAUUGAGAAGCUAAAGAGCAUUAUUAUAUAAAAGAGUGAUCAAAUAGAAUUUUUAUCCUCAAAGAAAAUAUAGACUGAAUAAUUGGUUAAUUAUGUAUCAGAGUUGGAAAGAAAAGUGAAUCAUUUAAGCUAAGACAACUAAAGAUUAAAUGCAAUAAUUAUUUAAAGGUGCAAGAGCUCUUGGUGA